ACGGUGAAGGAAGGGUUGAGCGCAGGGAGUGAGUGGGCCAACUAGCUGGCCGGUGAGGGAGUUGUGUUUCAGGUGGUGUGAGGAGGCACUGGGGGUUCGUGUUGGUUGUGAGUGUGAAGAGAAGUUGAAUUAAGGUUAUGCAUGAAGCGGGACUAUAGGGCUGAGCUGAAUGGAAUGUUUUGCUGUGAUGGUGGAGAGGAGGGUCAAGCUGAAAGUGCAGGCUGUUGGCAUUGUGACUGGGAUGAAUGAGCAUUUUGAUUUCGGACAAAGACAGUGAUUGAAAUGUAAACAGAUCCUGGGAUCAGACAAUGUGGUUGUCUGUGUUCUAUUUUGACAUCGUGUGCCUCGUUUGGAUAAAACACAGCACCUGCCUCUUCCAGUCCAAUUGGUGUCUGCCUGAACCUUACCCGAUGUGUCCUGCUACACUUAGCAGUACAGGGAAAUCAAUGAUUCACGUAAAGGCACGAAGCUCGCCAUACCCAGGAUCACAGGUCAAGCGAUUCCCUGUUCAGGAUGAUAAUGUCAGCUGGAGCAGAGAGUGGGCAGCAUAUGAUCCAGUGGACUACACGGCAGAGGUUGUCAAGGCUGGGCCUGAAUGGGCUGACCCAGAUUUUAGGAAGAGAGACCAAUUGAAACAUGCUCCAUGUUUCAAUGCACUGGAUGGGAGAAUUGAUCGGAGGAGCAACCUAGGUGUGUAUGAACUGGAUAAAGACAACCUGCCUCGGAAUCCAAUGGGAAGAACGGGAAUGACUUCUCGAGGCUUGCUGGGAAAAUGGGGACCAAAUCAUGCGGCUGAUCCCAUUGUUACACGGUGGAAGAAAGAAGGAGGUGAAAAGGUGAUCCACAAGCUUUCUGGCAAACCCAUCCUACAGUUUAUUUCAAUAAAGAGGAAAGACUGUGAGCAGUGGGCGAUUCCAGGGGGCAUGGUGGAUGCUGGUGAACAUCCUUCUACCACCUUGAAGCGCGAGUUCGAGGAAGAAGCACUCAAUUCUCUGGGUAUUCCUCAUAGUAUUAAGGAUCCUAUGCGGAAACAGUUCCAAGCCAUUUUCAGCAAAAAGAACUCUGUGAAGAUUUACACAGGAUACGUGGAUGAUCCACGGAACACUGACAACGCCUGGAUGGAAACAAUGGCUGUGAAUUUCCACGAUGAUACUGGUGACAGUGUGGGAGAACUGAAUCUACAUGCAGGUGACGAUGCUGCGGAUGUCCAGUGGCUUGACAUUGACCAGAACAUGCAACUCUACGCCAGCCACUUGCAAUUCCUGAAGAGUGUUGCUGAGUUACGGGGUAGUCAUUGGUAGUUGCAGACGGUGUAUGAAGUAAUCUAAAGAGGAUCAAUGACACAAUGUCAGCGGAGACUGAAAUGCAGAGGAGAGAAUAGCCACUCUCUCCUUUUUACCCUCUCCUUCCCUUUCCCCACUCUCCUUUCUCCUCACCAUCAAUACCUUGUACUCUUUCCCCUUGGCCUUCCCUAUCACUUUUCCUUACCCACUCCUACCUUCUACGUACUCCCUCUCUCAGCCUCUUCCCAGUCAUUUUACCCUCCCACCUUCACCCACCUCCCUCCAGGCUUGCCUGCUCUUGCUUCCUUUUACCUCUCCAUUUCUCAUUCAAGAUUAAUAAUGUUUAAGAGAAAACGCAAGAAAGUAUAGAAAAUGUGUACUCUUCGCUAUAAUAGUUGAAGUAAAUGACUGCAAUAAACAUUUAAAUUACGUGAAAGGAUAUAGUCUUGAAACUGGAUCACCCAGUGACUAAUCUGUUUUAGGCAGUAAACAUGUGAAAAUAACUUAACCUGGAGUAGAUUGUGCCAAUAAUUUUUACCAAAUGAAAUUAAGCCCCCACAAAACUGCAUCAGGCAUUUCUGUGUUAGCUUGUCUGUUCCUUUCCCUGAGUCAGGUGCACACUUACUGAGAUUACUUGUGUAAUGCAGAUAGUCUCACCACAAUCCUAUUGAUCAUGGGGCUGAGCAUUUCCUACAAUGCCACUGUACACCAACGAAGCAGCUAACAAAUUACACUAACAGU